AUGAACGCCCGCGGUCGAGCCCAUGCUGCAACGGGCCGCGUGGAGCCAUCCGGUCUUUCCUUCACUCAGCUGGCUGAGAUAGCCGAUCAAGCCCAGCUCCAAUGCCCUGGCGAUACUGAGGAUUUCGCCCACGCGGCGGAAGACCCCUUCACGGUGCCGCGUGCUCACGCCUAUGUAACGACCACUCACGAUCACAACGGGAUCUUGGAGGAGACGAAUCAAGCAAUCGAAAUCCCCAACACCUACGACGAAGCCAUGGGCUCUCCCCAACGCGAAGAAUGGAAAGGAGCGUGCAGCAAGAAAAUGGACAAUCUGCGGAAACACCACGUCUACAGUCUGGUGCUCCUCAGUAGCGUUCCCAAGGGAGAGAAGAUCCUCGCAACGAAAUUCGUCUUCAAAAAGAAGCUGGACGGACGCUUCAAAGCUCGCCUGGUAGUCGGAGGACAUCGUCAAGAGCCAGGACAGGAUUACGGACGCAGCUACGCCCCAGUAUGCCGUAUCGGGAGCAUUCGCAUGACGUGCGCCAUUGGCUGCCACAACAACUGGCCCAUCUACCAACUGGACGUUGUCGGUGCAUUCCUACACGCCCUCUGCGACAGAGACGUGUACGUCAGACCCGCCCCCGGUACAUCCGCCAAGAACUCCUCGACAGGAGAACUCAUGGUGUACAAACUAGAACGCAGUAGCCGGCGCUCUGGAAUGACACCCUGUACGAGUCUCUCACGGUGUUCGGAUGGAAAAGGACUCAAUCCGACCCCUGUGUACAACAUUCUCAUCACGGGAGGAGACCAGCAGCUCACGGACCAAAAGAAGAAGGACCUCACGGAUCGAUUCGAGAUGACCGACAUGGGAGAGGUAAGGCGGAUCCUCGGGAUCGACGUAGAGGCGGACUACGAGCAAGGAACCCUCGCCAUUUCACAGGAGCACUACGUGAACACCUUCUGGAACGGUUCGGAAUGCAAGAGACCAACCCAGUGAGCACUCCUGGAUACGGAGCAGAAAUUUCCACGAAUCAACAUCAGGACCAAAUUCUAGGACCCACGGACAAGAAAAUCUACCAGUCGACGACGGGAAGCAUCCUCUACUUGGCCCAGUGCACGCGAUUCGACCUCUCUUACGCGGCCCUGCAACUGUCCAAGGCCUGUAGCAACCCAGCGCAAGUGAACAUGACAGCAGCCAAGCACGUUGUGCGAUACCUUUGGGGUAAUCCAGUUCUUCCUAUCGUCUACAGGAGAGGACAGUUUCGGAUAGCGGCGUUUACGGAUUCAUCCUUCGGAGCAAACCCCGACAACGGAAGAUCUACCACGGGAUAUCACUUCUUCCUGGCUGGUGGAUUCAUCAGCUACGGUGCGAAGACUCAAACUCUAACCGCGCAAAGCACGGUCGAAGCCGAGAUAUAAGCACUUAGCUACUCAGCCAGAGAGGCGGUCUAUAUCUCAAAUUAUAUUACGGAACUCAACUUCAAGACAUUCGGAUCGGUUGCCAUCAACAGCGACAGC